AUGACAAGUGGCAAAAAGCCACGUUGUAUACCAAAGUCUGCGUGUUCUGAAUUGCAGCACCGGGCAAUGACAAAACUGGCUGAUGAUGACUCACCAUUGAAGUCAUUUAUCAGGAUAAACGCUGCAGAUUUGGAACCAGACCCGGGCAGUGCAACUGACAUCUCCGACACAAAUGAACAAGAAGACAAUUUGGAGCAAGGAAGUACUGAUAAAAACUCUGAAGUAGUUUAUAGCCGAGAAGAAAAGAAAGAAGAGAACGUUGAGAGGUCGAUUUCUCCAACUGAAGGCAAAGAAGAACAAAAUACAGUUGAGACAAUGGCCAGUGUUCUCUCCUCAGAAGCACAAGAAAUGUUGAAGGAUGAAAUUUUCCAAAAAAUCUUGUCUGAAAAAGAAAAAUUCCCAACUGUAAGCUUGCUGGAUUUUGCUGGGCAGUUAGCUUAUUAUGCUUGUCACCAAAUUUACGUAACACCAAAGGCCUUCUUUAUUCUUGUGCUGGACAUGACUAAGAGGUUUGAAGAUGUUGUAGAUAAAGAGAAAGAUAACCAAGAAGGAUCAAUCUUUUCCGUUUGGACUUACAGAGAUUACUUGAAGUUUUGGAUAACCUCAAUCAAGACAUUUGGAGGCAAAAAGGCACCACUGUUUCUUGUUGCCACACACACAGAAACAAAAUCUAAAGAUGAAAUAGAGAGGUACUUUGGGGAGUUCUGGAAUGCUGUUCCAGACGAGGACAGAGAUUGGUUAAGUGAGUCUCUGAAUGAUCGUGAAUAUGCAGUGGGUCUAAAGGAACUUAAUGAUAACACUAAAGCAAUGCUAGAGUCAAUGAAAAACUCCAUAGUGGAAUUAUUUACGGAUGAGAAUGCUACAAAAAUUGAAUUGCCUUCUUCAUGGGCUCUAAUGGAGCAGUUAUUGUAUGAAGGAGGCUGGAAGGUUUUGUCUCUGAGUGAAAUCUCGAAGCUCAACUCAUCUGUUCCUUAUGAAUACCAAAUCAAAAAUGAUGAAGAAAUGACCAAAUUUUUAAAAUGUUUCCAUGAUAAUGGUCUUCUUUUGAAUUUUGGAGAAGCAGAAUUGAGGGAACAUGUUAUACUAGAUAUUCAGUGGUUUGCUAAUGCUUUCAGCAAGGUAAUUGCUGAUGAAAACCAUAUCAAUAAAGAUUGUAAAAGGAAAUUAAUUAAAGAGUGGAAAUCCUUCAACAAAACGGGGGAACUUAAAGAUAAAGUGAUUAAUGCACUGUGGAAAGAUGAACCCUCUUUCUCGAAACAUAAAAAUAAAAUUAUGCCCUACAUGGAGAAACUUCAAAUGCUGGUACCUUUGAAUGUACUUGAGGCUGUAUCAGAAGGUGGCAUGUCAUGGUAUAUCCCAUGUAUGAACAAAAAGCAGUUUAAAGCUGACUUGUUUCAUAAUAAAUGGGAAUGCUCAUCCAUUUUGUGCUAUCGAUUUACUUCCUUUGCCAUGUUUGUGUUCUACAGACUGGUAGCAUACUGCAUAAGUACUCUAAGAUGGAGUGUUGCAAAAGAUGAAGACAAUGAAGGAAGUCUAUGUCUUUAUCAAACGGCGGCAGUGUUUGAUCACAAUGAACACACUGUUGUUGUUGGCAUAUGCAAUGAUGAUAUUCAGUUGCAAGUGCUUAGAAUCAAAGACUUGCCUGUAGACAAAGAAGUAUCAAAUGAAAUUGGAGAUUCCAUUGAAAAAGCAAUAAAAAAACUGACAGAAACAUUUAUUGACACAAAAAUAUUCAACAGAGGAUACAAAUGUCAGAGCAUAAUUUGUAAUGAGAAAGAUCUUUCUUUCACACUUGCAAGUGAUCUCUCCAAAAUUAAGGCUGAAAAAACGCAGUGCAAGUGUCAACUUCAGGAGAAACAUAUUAUAGAUGUACAGAUGACUUUGAGUUUUUGGGAAAAGGCAAAAAUGAGUGUUCCUAAAACUCCAGUGACCUCCGGUGGACAUGACUUUGAGGGACAAUCGAGAUUCGCAAAACUUGGAAUGGCAACAAACGAUGUGUUAAAUCAGGCAUACAGAGAUAUACUAGAGAUGGAAGUACCUCCAUCGGAUAUCGAGAACAAAGCUAAAGCAUCAGCCGUUUACAAAAGAUUGCGCCCAGAGCAAGAACAUCUCUUGCUAGAUGCUAAACAUUCGGGAUAUAAGAACUUUGACAUUUCAUUAACAUACACAUUAAUCAGAAACAUUUGUUCGAAGAUCCCUAAGCCAACAAAAGGAAAAUGGGGAGAAAACAACAUGCCUGCAGCAGGAGAGGUGACAGUCGGUGACGAUAUCGAGAGAAUCAGGAUAAUCCGAAACAGUUUGACUGCACACGUGAGCUCAGCCUCCACCUCUCAGACAGAAUUCGAUGACACGUGGUCAGUGAUGUCUGAUAUCUGCCAAAGAUUGGAAAUUUUCACUGGAAAGAAGUACUUAGAUAACCUGAAUACCAUUUAUAAAUUGACUCUAAAAGAUGAAGAUGCUUUGUUGAAGAAAGUCAUGUCAAUUAUGGAAAAAUUAAUGUCAGAUAUGCAAGAAGUAAAGUCAGAUGUGAAAAAAUUAAAGCAAAAUUGAUGCUUUUAAUGCAUCGAACAAACAUGUAUGCAGAGUAACUAAAUUAAAAAAAUGAAAAUCAGCCUUUAUCAAUUGUAAAGCAAUAUAAAAAUCAUAUUUUGUUGUUCAUGAAAAUCAAAAAAUACAUGUAGAAAGCGGUUAUAGGGACCAUGUGAGAGGAGAUGGGUUAGCAAAAGGAGCAGACAUUUCAAAAUUAUACUCAUUUUACAAUAUUUGAUUCAUAACCCUCCAAUCAUUAUUUAAUAUGUUUUGUAUUUUUUUGGGAUUAAUGUUCUGUUUAUAGUGUUUUAAUAGUUUCUCAUCUAUAUACAGCCUUCAGAAACCCUCGCUAACGUAUUUUUUUAGGAUUAAACAGGAUUUACUUCCCUUCUGACUUUAAAUGGCGUAGAUGGAUGGCUCCGAUUUAUAAAGUUGAUGGUUAAAUAAUUUCUGGAUGUGGAAGUGUUUGAUAAUGAUGGACAAUGAUUGACUUACCAAAAACCAUUCCACUUGGACUACAAUAAUCAUGGUGCUCAAAUCAUUGAACAUAUGUGAAAAGCUUAACAUUUUAUGUGCUUUUUAUCCAGCUAUUACAAGAUAUGAAAGAAAUAGAAUGGAAGCUAUGCAAAUAAACCUAGGAAAAUAUGGAAAGAAGGCUUACCAAAAUAAAGGACAAUUCUAUUUAACAUUUUAAAUGAAACAUGCGUUCGGAGUCCAACUCUCCGACAAAAUUCAAUAACAGUGGGCCUUGUGCUUACGAAUUCUGUUCAUUCGCUAUUUUUAUGGAAUAUCACCCGUAGUCAAGCUAUGGUACCAUUGCUGCGUUGGAGAUAAUGGCUUCAUCAUUAAUCUGAUAAUAGUCUUUUUAACAAAUGUAUAGCAUUAAAUCAGAAUCAACUAAUUUAGAUGAAAGUAUUAUAUUAUAGGACUGUUAAAAUUCAAGAUGGUUUAGAGACAAUCAAAUAAAAUGUCUAAGAAAUAGAAACAAUAAUCAACCGUAAUGAAAGAGCUACAGAUCAGGAGCUUUUUGAUUAUUGUGUAGGAUAUUAAAGAAUUGCAUGUUUUACUUUAUUUCAUAAGAAUGGACAGUGAUGGACAGUUCCUUUUAUGUGAAUGUUUAUCCUAUACUGCUCGUACCUAUUUUAGAGUAGGUGCAGAGUUCCAAUUUGUAUGGAAGUGUCGGACAAGACGGGAAUAUUUUCAUCCACAAAUGCAAGUUUUUAAAUACACAGAUUUGCGAUCCAACUUUGU